AUGGAAGAAGCAAACUGUUCGAUAAGUGCUGUAGGAGAAGAAAAAGAAAUAUUAGAAACAAACGAAACCCUGCCGCACUAUAGCAGAGCCUACAUAAACGAUUACGAUUUAACCAAAAAGAGUGAAAAGGAAGACUUCGUCAAAGAGCUUGCGGCUAUGGCCAAGAACGUUGAGUUGAGUGAAGAAAUGGACAAUGAUAUAGUCGAAGAAAAAGAUUCAUCAGAGGAAGAUUUCACUAAAUUACCUACCUGUUUCGGUGGUAAUGCUCGACCAGCAAAAAAGCGCAAAAACUUUCUAAACUAUAGUUCACUCAACUUCGAAGAUUAUUGGAAGAACUCACAAACUUACCUCAUAUAUUCUUUGUGGAAAGAACUGUACGGACACACAAUCGUUGAUGAAGUGGCCAAGAAAAAACUAGACGAAGAUAUACGUUCUUGGAAUCCGGGAAAGAAUUAUCUUAUCAAUGCUCACAGAGAUAUAUUGCAAAACGAGUCGUACAAAAACAUUCUACUUGAUCAUGAAGAAAGCAAUAAUUUGAAAACGACGAAUGAGCUCUAUGAGUUUUUCGCUGAAAAGGUGAAAGCCCAAUCCGAAAAAGAUUUCAUGAAAGAAAAAUCUUCAGUUUUAGCGAAGAAAUGUAGAAAUUUCAUGAACAAGAUAGAGAAUAUGGGAUUCGUGAAAGAGGAAGACCUAAAACAAAAACCAACUGAAAAAGAACAACAAAAAAAGAAUAGAGAUGACGAUUCUGAGCCCGAAGUAGAACCCAUCAAAUCGCGAGCAUUGAAAGGCACUCGCUUCCCUGUGGUGUACGGAGAUAAUGAUAUUUUUGGUGAUGUUCAUGUAGAGUUUGAAGAACCAUCGUCAAGCCAACACUAUCGACCGUUCAAACGAUUAGAAGGAGAUGAGGAUGAUAAAGAUGUAACAGAAGAAGAAGAAGAUCAUAAAGAGACGAACGUUUCUGAAAUAAGGUUUAAGUACGAUCCUGAAACGGAACAUCACCUCCUCGCUAGUAAUGCGCAUGAAUAUUAUCAAACGGAUUCGGAAAUAAGAAAAUACUUUUAUCAAAGGUACAGACUGUUCUCUCGUUUAGAUCAUGGAAUACUAAUGGAUAGAGAAGGAUGGUUCUCUGUUACUCCUGAGAGAAUAGCAGCGCAUAUAGCAGAUCGCCUAGUCAUUCGCGAAAAUAUGAUUAUUGUUGAUGCUUUUGCAGGAGUGGGGGGAAACAGUAUACAGUUUGCUCUUAAAGGAGCCAGAGUUAUUGCUAUUGAUUUGGAUCCUAUUCGCCUCAAAUGCGCUAUUCAAAAUGCUAAGGUUUAUGGAGUUGAGGAUAGAAUAGAAUUCAUAUGCGCGGACUUUUUCCAUUUUGCUGCUCGAUUCACGAACAAAAAGGAGAACGACGUGCCUUUACAAGUUGACAGCGUUUUUUUGAGUCCUCCUUGGGGUGGGCCCAGCUAUCUGAAAAAGAAGGUCUUUGAUCUCGGUGAUGGUUUAACUCCUAACGGGUUUGAUAUUUUCACGGCAGCCCGGGCGAUGUCCCCGAAUAUUGCGUAUUUUCUUCCAAGAAACACUUGUAUAAAACAACUGAUAUCUCUCGCUGGUCCUGGAAACAAAUGUGAGAUCGAGCAAAGCUGCUUGAACAAGAAAGUCAAAACGCUAACAGCUUAUUAUGGCGAACUAGCUUGCACUGAAUGA